AUGUCAUGCGGUAUUAAUGGUUGUCAAAGCGACCAUAAUAGAUUGUUACAUAGGACAAGAAAUAAUGAUAAACGUGUAGGAAAUUCUAAGGUUCCCAUAGAAGGGGAGAGAACAAGUACCGGGGGUCAAACAAAUAAGCCUAUCACGAUGUUAAAUCAAAGUCAUUCAGUUGCCUUACGUACUAUACCUAUAAUAGUAAGCAAAGGUUGUAAACAUAUGCAGGUAAAUGCUUUGUUAGAUGAUGGUAGUACGCAAAGGUACAUAAAUACAGACCUGUGUGGGGAGUUGGGGCUCCAUGGGGAAAGUGAAGAAAUAGUUGUUAGUUUGUUGAAUGGUAAAGAAGAAAGGUUUAUUACAAGGCCAGUUACAUUUAGCGUAUCAUCAGUAGACAAUAGAUCGAGAAAAUACACACUGGAUGCACUGACUACAAAUAAUGUAACAGGUAAAUUAGAACACCCAGAGUGGAACAGAAUAAGCAAAGAUUGGGAUCAUUUGAAAGGCAUAGAAUUCCCAGUAAUUAAUACUAAAAGGCAAGUAGUGGAUAUAUUGAUAGGUGUUGACCAUCCUCAGCUACACACUGCCUUAGAAGAAAGACACGGAAAGCCAGGAGAACCAAUAGCCAGACGUACACCCCUUGGCUGGACUUGUGUUGGUAGGGUAAACAAGGCUUCGCGUGCUACACUACUGCAUGCAAAAACAUAUAAAAGUAAUGUAUUGAGUUUACAAGAAACUGAGGAGGUUAUGCGCAAGUUUUGGGAAGUAGAGAAUGAAGGUUUAAUUAAAAGUGACGUUAAAUUGUAUACUAAAGAGGAAGAGCUGGCAGUUAAGGUGGUUACAGAGUCGAUGUGUAGUAAUGGAGAAAGGUACCAAGUCAAGGUUCCAUGGAAGGAAGAUGAGAAAAAAGAAAUGCCUAAAACCAACUACGAAAUGGCGGAGAAGAGACUCACAAAUUUAGAGAAACGUUUGAAAAAAGAUACAGUCUUGGGAGCUGCAUACCAAGAGGUCGUGGAUAGUUAUCGGGAAAAAGAGUAUAUAAGAAAGGUGAAUCCAGAAGAAAAACAUAAUCUUGAACAGCAAUGGUUCCUUCCACACUUUCCUGUAGUUAAGCUAGAUAGAGAAACAACCAAAGUCAGGGUAGUGUAUGAUGCUUCUGCUUCGUAUCGUGGAGUGUCACUAAAUGAUGUCAUACAUAACGGACCAAAAUUACAAAAUAAUCUAUUCGAUGUGUUAUUGAGAUUUCGAAGAAAUUCAGUAGCUGUGGUCUGUGACAUAUCUGAGAUGUAUCUACAAAUAGAAUUGGCUAAUGAAGAUAAGCAAAUGUUUAGGUUUUUAUGGCGAGAUCUAGAUGAGAGUAAAGAGCCAGAGGUAUAUGAAUUUAACAGAUUAGUAUUUGGAGUUAAUGUGGCGCCAUUUAUUUCCCAGAAGGUUGCACAAGAAAAUGCUAAGUUACUUGAACGGUGGUAUCCUCUAGCAGCAGAAACAGUAUUAAUGAGUACAUAUAUGGAUGAUAGCAUGGACUCAGUGAAUGAUGUGAAAACAGCGGUUGAGUUGUACAAUCAACUAAUGGAGUUAUGGGGGAUGGCUGGUAUGAAGGCGAGAAAAUGGUUAUCUAAUUCUAAGGAAGUUUUGGAGGCGAUACCUGAAGACCAGAGAGCCAAAGAACUGAAAUUAAAUGAAAGUGAAUUGCCAUCAGUAAAAACAUUAGGAUUAAUGUGGAAAGCUGAAAGUGAUGUAUUUGUUUUCAGGGGACCAGGGGGGUCUAUAGAAAACAUGACAAAGAGAAAUAUUUUAAGUAAAAUUGCGACAUUGUUUGAUCCGCUUGGUUUUAUAUCACCAGUGAUUAUUUCUGCAAAGAUAAUGCUCCAGGAGCUCUGGACACUGGGAGUAUCUUGGGAUGAACUUGUACCACAAAAUGUAGCAAACGGUGUAGCGGACUGGUUGAGUGGUUUACAAAAUCUACAGAAAUUAGAAGUUCCAAGAUGUAUAAAAUUUACUGCUGACAAAGAUCAAAAAAUUCACACUUUCGUUGAUGCUUCAAACGAUGCGUAUGCAGCAGUUGUAUAUUUAAGAAGCUCUGAUGGUGAACAGAAGACAGUGCGAUUGAUAGCAUCAAAAACCAGAGAUAUUAUGGUGGCUACGCAAGCUAUUUCAAAAGACCGUCCUGAUGCUGAAAUUACCAUUGUUAACCCGCCACUGUAUAAACGGUUCAAGACAGAAGUGAAUUCUAGGAGUGAUCGAGUACUAAUCUUCGUUGAUAACAACCAGAAGGUUGUCGAAACACCAAGAUUCGGUUAA